UUGCGAGCAGAAAAGAAAAUUCCUGCCAUACCGCAAACAAAUCCAUGCACUCGGGACGAAAGGUCCCAUUGAUAAAAGCAGCUUUGAACUGCCGAUAGAAUUUGAUUUUCAUUGGAAGAAGCCAUCGGUGCUUUCCUUUAUUGUGCGGUACCGCAUCCAUUCUAAGCUGUCGACCAACCAACCUCGGCACAUGCACCAGGUAAACUAGUUGGGCCAUGACCGCGACCAAAGAACUCGAACACGAGCAAACAGAGGAGGUCGGCAGCCCCGAUGCAACCGCUGACUCUAACGACGCCGCUAGAACUUCUGCCGCUUUUGCAAAGUUCAAGACGUUUCUACCGUAUGUCUCCAACGAUAAGAACACAACUGUUGGUAUGCCUCGUGUGAAGGCCAAGGACAACGAUAUCGACCGCGAAACAACAAGGCAACUCCACCUCAAAGAAAUUGAAAUAGACGAAGAAGAAGAAGCCUUCGGCGUCAUGGAUCUUUCCUCGUUUCUCUUCGAUGACUCGUGCAGCCCUAUAUUUCCGCCUGCCGCUGCAUCGUCAAUAAAUCCUGGGUCUUCCAAACAAAUUUCAGACGGUUCGCAAACUUCGGCAAUUAAUCAUAGCUCUUCCGAACAAGUUUCAAGAAUAUCGGAAGCUUCGUCAAUACAUUUUAUGUCUCCCAAACAAAGUUCAAACAGAUCGGUAGCUUCGACAGUAAACAACAAGUAUCCCAGACAAAUUUCAAACAUAUCGGAAGCUACGUCAAUACAUUUUAUUUCUCCCAAACAAAGUUCAAACAGAUCGGUAGCUUCGACAGUAAACAACAAGUAUCCCAGACAUAUUUCAAACAUAAGUGAAGCCUCGAUCGAGUAUUUUACAACCGUUCGCAGCCCAAACAAUACCGAACGAAAGCGCACGUCGUUCGAGAUCGAUAGGAUGAUCGAAGAAGACGCCUCGCGCGAUAUCAUCAAUUUCGAGAUGCGUGGCGUCAAUGCCUUUCAGGACAAGGAACGAUUGAACAUAUCGGAGGACAUAUACUCCUUCGUCUUUGCCUGUCCCUAUUGGUCGAAGGAAUUCUGGUUUGCCAUAUACUUCAUAUGUACCAAGUACAUUUGUUUCGGAAUCUUGAUGAGCAACAUCAGUAUGGAUAACCAGUACCACGGGUGCAUAAUGGUCCAAGUAGUCAAGUUUUUUCUGAUUCCGGUGGCAAUUUCCAUGCAGGAGGACCUCAUAACCGUCUUCUAUAACACGGCCUGCAAGCGAUACGACGGAUUGGUCAGCAGAAGAUUUGUCGACGCCUCCUUGUUCAAGUGGACGUUGGCAAACAGUCUCCGCUUUGUUGACGGUAUCCUGAGCCUGAGCGUCAACUUCUUUCUCAUGCUCUGUACCAACACCACCCUAAAUAUAUUUUUGAAUUUCGCCGCCCUACACUUUUUGCAAUUCAUCGACGACGUCCUGUAUCGCCUUGCCGAGCAGGGAUUUUUCGGGGAAUCUAUGGAGUGGGCAACCGUUAUGUGCAAGCAGAUCACCUUCCCCCGGAGGGCGAUAAUACAUGGCGAACGGUACAACAACUUCAUGACACACAUGGACACGAUCUUUUUGUUUAUGACCGGCUUCGUAUGCGUUGGGAUUUACGGGUACGUUUACAAAAAUUACUACAAUGACGAUGACUAUCGGAUAGAGACCGACCUGCACCCUUGUGAUGCAAUACCCGAAACUUCCGAUAGGUGAUAGGAUUCGGAUUGCCAAUGCGAUUCCAUUCUGUGCCGUCUCGUGAAAAGGAAUCCUUUAGGCAAGUGAUGGCAGAAUGCAAGACCAUUAUGAGCAUGCAGAUAUAUAUAUAUAUGUAUAUAUAUAUAUAUAUAUAUAAUACUACGUAUAUAUAUAUAUGUUCACCUAUCUCGACCAAUUAAAUUGACAAACAACCG